AUGAGGAGCGGCGGAGAGAGCGAGAGGACGGUGAUGGGAUUCGUCGUCGUCGUCGUCGUCGUCGUCAUGAGAGGUGGAGAGAUUGACGCAGGCGCAGCGUUCGAGGGAGGUGAAGAAAGCGGAUAUUACGGUUGCGCUGAUCCAGCUAGCGGCGUGGUCGAUCUUUUCCAUGGAAGUCGUCGUGCUAACGUUGGAGGUGAUGCUGAUGCUUUUGUCCAUGGCUUCUGGAUCCGAUUAGCGUUUCAGAAGACGACCAAGAAAAGAAGAUCGUGGGAUGGAUCAAUAUAUUACAGGAAUAACGAUUUUGAACCGAGAAAAUGUAAAUAUAAGUAUAUAAAACGAUUAUUGUUUGUCAGAAAUAGCGCAUCUGGUGUAGUGGUAUCAUAG